GGGCAAGAACGGGGCGGAUACAAAGGGCAAGGACGAACUCUGAUUGCUACCCGGCCUGCCCGGCUCUGAGCCAAUCCGAGCAGUCGUUUGAGAGUUUCGGCUAUCAAUGUCAAUCGUCGCUAUCAGAUAUUAUUAAUGAUACCGGAAGCUUUUUCUAGUCUCGGUUCCACUGCGACCUCGCUCCUCACUAAUAUGCCCCUCUCUUAAUCAUGGUGUCGCCCCACUCAUGACAAGUUAUAGAAACUUAUCACUUGAUAACGGCCACUAACCUUCACUCACCUUGAUAUCAAGAGAAGAUGGAGAAACAUCUUAUACCCAUGAUUAAGCUAUCUCUUUGUCUGAUUUACUAAUUUUUAGAAUAUACUUGGACACUGCUAAAUAUCGUUCAAAAUGCUAAUCCUAAAUCCUUUUCUACUGGGCCCCGCAUUCCUGGCUCUGCUCGGCUUAUAUGUUUGGCGAUCCAUAGCCUCUCCGUUGCGGAAGGUCCCCGGUCCCAGGAUCUCAUUGUUCACUUCUUGGGUCCUCAAGUAUCACGAAUUUCACGCUCACCGGACGACGUAUGUCCAUAGUCUCCACCAGAAGUAUGGCCCCGUUGUCCGGAUAGCGCCGAAUGAGGUGUCAUUCGCGUCUCUCGAGGGCGUUAAGGAGAUCUAUGGCAGCGGCGGAAGUGGCUAUAACAAGACUGAGUUUUAUGACUUGUUUACAGUCUACGGCAGAAGGACAAUGUUUAGCACUCUUAAUAAGGAGGACCAUGCUAAGAGGAAGAGGGUACUCGCUGACCGAUAUGCCAACACCAACAUCCUAAAGUCGGGUUCAAUCGACGGGAUUAAGGAACGGUCACGAAGGUUCAUUGAAAGAUGUUCGAAGUCCAUUGGCGGUAGUUGUGAUAUAUUUAUCUGUCUGCAUGACUAUGCAUUUGACUGUGUGACCCAUCACCUUUUUCACCCUUAUGGUUCAGACUCGCUCCGUAACCUGAAGGACGAGGAGAUCAUGAAGCAGGUCACUUUCGACGACAGCCUUCAAAAUCGCCUUAUCCGCUACUAUAAUCCAAGCCUCCACAAGAUAAUCGGCAACGUUUUGUCUCUGUUCGCCAAGCCACGCGAGACGCCUCUAGCAGACGACUUAGUCAUGUCCGCAACCGCAAAGACGGGUCCUGCGCAGUUUACCCUGUUGAGCCGCAUGCAAGACAAGAAUUACAACAUGGAGCACAUCGACAUGGCCGCCGAGAGCCUCGACCACAUGGCCGCGGGAAUCGACACCACCGGCGACGCGCUCUGCUUCCUGAUGUGGGAGAUUUCGCAGCCGCGCUCGUUCUACGUCCAGCGGCGCCUCCAGGAAGAACUCCUCGCCAACCCGGACGCAGGUUUCGACAAGCUGCCCUUCCUCGACGCCGUCAUCUCGGAGGGUCUGCGGUGUUUCCCCGCGAUCCCCAUGUCCCUCCCGCGAUACGUGCCCUCUGGCGGGAGGACUAUCGACGGCUAUUACGUCCCCGAAGGCGCCAUAGUGAGCUGCCAAGCCUACUCCGCUCACCGCAUCGACGAAAACGUCUUUCCGCAGCCCGGCACGUUCGAUCCGGAUCGCUGGCUGCAAGAGGCGGGCGAGCUAGAUAGGAAGCGGCUGUUCUUCGCAUUUGCUAGCGGGGGUAGAGGCUGCAUCGGAAAACAUCUAGCGCUGGCAGAGAUGAAAAUUUUGCUCAGGGAUGUUUACUCGCGGUUCACCACGGUGCCUGAUCCAACCAUGACCGCUUCGGACAUGGAAAUGUCGGAUCAGUUGAUCUCUGCGCAACCCCGAGGGAAGAAGUGUCUUCUUAGGCUGAUUCCCCUGGAGGGUUGAUCAGGUUUUAAUGCGACUAUUGGGAAAUCUAGUGUAAUGGAACAAAUUGAAUCUGGUCCACAAUCGGGCAUAAUUUGGGAGCCCGAUUCUUAUUCCUUGCUUCCUUGUCCUAGACUCCUUGCAAAUUCAAGAUACAACAUAACUAGGUGCUUACCUAAGAUCUUUCCUAACUU